AUGUCCUGUAAUCAACAAAAAGAAUGUUGUAAGAAAGAAUGUCAAGAGAAAGAAUGUUGUAAAGAGUAUUGUUGUAAAGAGUAUUGUUGUAAAGAGUAUUGUAAGAAAGAAUGUUGUUGUCCAAGAAUUAAAGCAUUUAAGAAAUUUAUGAACACAUUUGAAAAAGCACAAAUUGGAAAAGAAGCACCAGAAUUUAAAGCACCAGCAUAUUGUCCAUGUGGUUCAAUCAAAGAAAUUGAUAUUAAUGAAUAUAAAGGGAAAUAUGUUGUGUUAUUAUUUUAUCCAUUGGAUUGGACAUUUGUUUGUCCAACAGAAAUGAUUGGAUAUAGUGAAGUUGCAGGACAAUUGAAAGAAAUCAAUUGUGAAGUUAUUGGGGUGAGUGUUGAUUCAGUUUAUUGUCAUCAAGCAUGGUGUGAAGCAGAUAAAAGUAAAGGAGGAGUAGGAAAAUUAGGAUUCCCAUUAGUAUCAGAUAUUAAAAGAUGUAUUUCAAUUAAAUAUGGAAUGUUAAAUGUAGAAACAGGAGUUUCAAGAAGAGGAUAUGUCAUUAUUGAUGAUAAAGGAAAAGUAAGAUACAUUCAAAUGAAUGAUGAUGGAAUUGGAAGAUCAACAGAAGAAACUAUUAGAAUAGUUAAAGCAAUUCAAUUUAGUGAAGAACAUGGAGCAGUUUGUCCAAUCAAUUGGAAAGCAGGGAAAGACACAAUUGAACCAACACCAGAAGGAAUCAAGAAAUAUUUAACAACACAUUAA